AUGUCCACCCCUCGUCGCCAACGAGGCGACACCCUCGACAGUUCCUCCUCCACUCACUCGCCAAACCGCAACGAUGACGGCCCGACCUCCUACCUAGGCGCCGCCGCCGCUGAACCCAAGCCGACCUAUGCCUCCUUCUCCCCCGCGACCCUGUCCUCCUCCCAGCCCGUGUCCGCCGCCAAGCGACUCUCUACCAUCCUCGUCCACCAGAAGUCUCCGCUGCUGCUGGCCACACCUCCCCAGGUCACUCGCGCCCUCGCAUACAGCCAUCCCUUCCUCCUGCCCUUGAACAAGCUUGCCGGGCUGUUGAGCUGGACCACGAAAGAUCCUUGGGAGAGCUUCCUGCUGGUCGCUGUUUUCUGGGCCAUAGUGCUCUACGGAGAUGUCGCCGUGCGCUUUGCAGGGCCUGUGGUUCUGGUCCUCAUUGUGAUACUGGGCAUGUACGGACGGCGUUUCAGCCCUCUGAGCAGCAGUGGCUGGAACGAGGACGGUGGCGCCGGAGGGGGACAUGCGCCCAAAAGUUCAAAGAGCAAAGGGAAGAAGGCAUCGACCGAGAGCACGGGACCGGCAGCUGCAAAUGCGGCGGCGGGAGGUGGGGGCGGACAACACACAAGGGCUGGAUCGGAGGCAACAAACACGAAACACCAGAAGACGCUGGAUGAGAUCGUCGAGACACUGAAGGAGUUCACUGCGAGGUGUAAUAUCCUCAUGGAGCCGCUGCUGGAGUUGACGGAUUUUCUGAGCACCCAGCGCACGGCGACCAGUGCGACCACGAGGCCGGCCCUGACAACGCUGUUUGUACGCAUAUUGAUGUGCACCCCCUUUUGGGUCGCCUUGACCUUCCCUCCAGUUCGAAUCAUAUCCACGCGGAGGGUGAUCCUCGUGUUUGGAACAAUAAUCCUCACUUGGCAUGCUCGAGUUGUCAAAGCUGGGAGGACGAUACUGUGGCGCAGUGCGAGUGUUAGGAAGUUCGCGGCACUCCUGACAGGGCUUGAGAUCGCCCUCCCGGAAAAGGCCAAGAACAAGGACAAGGGAAGUGAGACGCCUGCGUUCGAGAAAGACUCGACCAAAUCGAACAAGGCGCCGUUGACUGGCAGAGCGCAAGCACAGUCCGAGCUGACCAAGGCCAUACGCCGAGCCCGUGGGGCUACAGAUGCCGGCGUGAGGUUCACUUUCAUCAUCUACGAGAACCAGCGCCGCUGGGUCGGUCUCGGUUGGACAAAUAGUCUGUUCGCUUACGAGAGGGCAGCGUGGACUGACGAGCAUAACAACCCUGUCCCACCCAAGGAGAAGUUCGAGCUUCCCGAAGUUGAUGACGAUAGCAACAUGCGGUGGCGGUGGGUAAGUGGCAGCAGGUGGAGGGUGGACGGCGUGUCGGAUGAUUCGGUGAAUGGCGGAGUUGCUGGAGGCGCAGAGGCCGAAUGGAAUUACGACAGCGAUGGCGGAAAGAAUGGCUGGAUUUUCUAUGACAACAAGUGGCAGAAUGGCCGACGCGGCCAAGACGGCUGGGGAAGAUGGACGCGAAGACGGAAAUGGUACCGUGACGCCGAGCUGGUGGAAGUGGACAGCGACGAAGAGACCGAACAAGCCAAGCAGCCUCCUCAAGAAUCCUCACCGACGCCCACUCCAGAAGCACGGCCAUCCCUUCCACCUCGGCCGAGAACGCCCACACUCGCGCCGCCUAUCACAACUUUCUCACCGAAUAACGAAACGAUGAGCAUGCCUGACCUUCACCGUCCAAAUGACGGCCUCAAGGAGAUCAAGGAGGAGGACUCUGAAAGCCCGGAAAGGGAAAAGACCCCGUCGGAAAGGGAAAAGGACGACGCUUCGUCGGUGCUGUCGACAUCAUCUCGGUCGAUGAGGCUACUCCCCUCGCUGCGACGCAGGGUCACUGAUAAUACCGCCGCCGCUGCAGCAGGUCAAAGGCCGCCAAGGCGAGACGACAGCAUCACUAGCAGUCCGCGGUCAGCCGUGGUAUCGCCGUACUCGGUGGGCGGCCGGGCCCGGCGCACUAGCGAAGUGCAAAGCGAGGAUGACCAGGCGAGCCUGGGCCCUGGGCUGGGGCUGGAGAUAUCCAAGGACCGCCGGAGUGGGUCGUGGGGGAUAGGGGACGAGGCUGUUAUGGGGCUAGAGUAG